GUACUUUGAUUAAUGGAGAUACUCAAUGUCUUAUGCAGACAUCAUCAGGGUGUAUUUCUGACUAAAGAGCACAUUCAUUUACACCAAAUAACAUCAUACACACUAAGAGAAAAAUGGGUGUAGGAGAUGAGUAGAAUUAAUGGAUAUGUAAUUUUAGAUGCAAAGUUUGGAAAGAAAGCAGUCACAAGGUAUAAUAGAAUCUAGAUCCAAAAAUGAGAGGGAAUUUUCAGUUAAAAGGAAUCUAUCCAGAGCAUGUAUUUAAAAAUAAAGCAGUAUCCAUACCAUCAGGAACAGAAAAGGACGAACUGCAAAUAUUUUAUAACAUAUAUUAUGCAAUUAAAUAAUUCUCUUAUUAUUUUGCCAAAGAAUGGUAAAUUCGAAGAAAAACGACAACAACUGUUAAAUUAAUAAAAUAGACUUAAGAAAGAAGCCUAAAUACCAUUACUAUCUAAAAACUUAAGAAUUAGAAUAAUUAUUUUCAAUAAAAAGAAUAAAUACAUUUAUGGAAAAAACUUUAAAGAAUGAAUUUUAAAUUAGUCUGGUCAUAAUUACUAAUUAUCUAUUGA